GAGGUUACGUUAGGUAACCGAUUCGUUUCUAUCCUUUUCUAAACUAUCCUGUUCUAACGGUUUUUGGUGACUCAACAGGACAUUGUCUUUUGUCUCUCAUUUGCCCUUUUAAAUGAAGAAUGUAAACAAGCCGAGUAAAGACUACAAAGUUCCCACGAUUCCACUCAUACCUGUGACACGCACCAAACAUGCCCAUUAGCAUACCUGACACACCUGAGUCUGACACCAAACCCAGCCAGCCUAUACAAGAGAGGAAAGCAGUCUCAUUGAGAAAAGGUGAUUUCUGGACCACACCUUCUGGUAAUGCUACUUAAAGUAACAGUGAAACGGCCACACAUUUUCUAAACAAAAACUUGAAGAAACUAAAAGUGUUAUAAAUAGGAUACUGAAGAUUGUAUGAUGCAAUUUUAAACACCAAUUCAAUCAGCCAAAAGUAAUAAAUUAAGACAAAUGUGGCAAUGCAGAACUAUGUUCUGCUUUACAGGAAGUUUUGAUGUCCUAAUAUUGUUGUAAGUUUAUGAUGAAACAUCUUAGGCAAUUAUCUGUAAAUUAACACUUGUCAUUGUGUUCUACCAAUGCAAGUCUGAGCUGAUGAGAACUGUUCCAUUUACAAAUGUGGACAAACAGCAAUCACAAGAUUUCUGUGUGCAAAGGGAUCCACCCACCGCGCUUACCUGUAUGUGACUCUGAGCUCCACAGUGACGCUGAGCUCAAAAGUUAUUUGAGGACGACAAGGUAACGCACUUGUGCUGGAUUUCACCUGGAAGGUGAUCAAAAGUGACUGCUCUCAGUCAUAAUAGAAGAGAAUUUCUCUUGAAAAAGAGAAUACCAUGAUGGCAGAACACGGUGACCCUUGCACUGGGUUAGAAGCCACCUACUGUAUGAAUGGAGGAACGUGCUUUAGAAUUCCCACUGUGUCUACACCCACCUGUGUAUGCGGAGCACACUACGAUGGCAGCAGAUGUGAGCAGUUUCAGUUGCUCAGUUUCUCGCACAGCAUUGAGGAGAAGGGUAUGAUCGCCGGUGUGGUCAUCCUCCUCCUCCUUAUUAUAAUGGUGGUUGGUGUGGUAAUCUAUUACAACUGCAAAAUGAAGAGAGCUGCCCGAAGUCAACCAAAACCUGCAGAAGAGUACAGGAGAGUCAAUUCAAAUGUAUGAUAUGAUUUAAUGAGGCUGAGUGGAUUUGACUUUUGAGACUCACUGGGAGAUGUUGCAUGUGGACUUGACAUUAGUUGCUAAAAGAGACCUUGAUGUUAAGUACAACGCUGCUAUGACUGAGGAACACAUUCAAGUGGACGUUACCGUGUGACGGUUUUGGACUAUGAAAAUGUUUAUCAAAACACAAUUCUUUGGUUUAGCUGCCAGCUACCAACAAACAAUCUUACUUAAUGUUUAUAAACUCUGUAAAUAGUUCUAUUAAUUAAAAAAUAUUAAUUUGCUUAUGUAACAAAACUAUUACAUUAACUAUAAUACAUUAACUAUUUAACAACAAUAACAACAACAAAACAAAAACAUUUCAAAAGCACCAUAGACCUCACAUAGAUAAUGAUUUUCAUUAAAUCUAUUUUUAAGGGGGGAAAUUAUUUUUUCAAGAUAUUUUCUUUUCCUGAUUUUCAAAAGCAAACAAGGAUGUGGAUAAAGGCAGACUGAGUAACUUCUGUCUUACGCUGCCAUCUUGGUCUUACACUGACACCUAGUGGCUUGGAUGCAGCAUAAUUUAAAAUCAUUCGUUUUCAGUUUCAGAUGCUAUUGUAUAAAUGUAGUAUUCACAGUCAGCCAUGAUUACUUUAAUCAAUGAGUGAAAGUGUCAAAUAACAGGAUGGUUACUGAGAUUAAUCAAGUUGUAUUAGGCUGGUCGUGUGAUUCUAACAUGGCAGCUCCCAUGUGUGGACCCUCUCCACGUAGAAUAUAGCAGCUUUUAUAAGGUUACUGAUAUGACUGGAGUCUUCAUUUUAAUAUGAGUGGUCAUGAUUUUAUACUGCAAAAUUACAAUUCAUGUCUUAAGGAGUUACACUUUGUGCACCUUUAAAUAAAUACAUUAAUAAACGUGUGAACAC